UGAUCAGGGAGCCCCACCCUGCUGUACGUUCGUUUGGGUUUUGAUUCGUUCGUAUUUACUUCGCCCUUCUCCGUGGGCCAUUCGGGUAUCAACCACCUCCACCAUACCACCUCCGUUUCCCACCACCAUCGCCAUCGGCAGCAGGAACGACAGGAACGGCAGCAGCAGCAAGCGGCAGCAGCAGCAUCGGCGCAGCAGCAGCAAAGAGCCAGCAACGGGCAUAAACGGGAAGCCAGAGCUCUGGGAGUAUCAGCAGCUCAUUGGCACCGUCGGCGAGGUUUAACAAAUAUCACAUGAAAACAUAAAGUUCAAGUGCCAUUGGACCCAGUGAACUAAUUAUCGUUUAACAAUUUGAAGUAACAACGGUUGAACGGUUUUAUCGUCUUCGGCAUAAACCUGCUGUGUGAAAACCUUAUCCUGAUAUAUUCAUUCUUGCCCGGGCGAGUGAGGAGGAGGAGGAGCAGCGAGCAGCGGCGAAGGUUUAAACUUCUACUCUACAGGGGAGUGGUUAUCCGUUCUCCGUUUCUCCGGAAAGUCAUCGGUUCGUUCGUUAAAAAAGAACAACAUAAAAAGAGAGGAGAAAAAAAAAGUAAGAAACAAGUGAAGUUACUGACAGUGGAUUUUAAAUACUCGAUCAAAGUGCAUAAAAUUAAUACGUCUGAUAAUAUUCGGCGUGCCAAUAGAAACCGAAAACAGGAGGAGCGUCGGUGAAAAGUAGAAAGAAUAAGAGAGGUGGAGGAGGAGGAGGAAUAGCAGACACCGCGAGUUAUUACACAGUAUAGGUGCGCGUUUCGUUUAGUUUCGUAUCGUAUCGUAUCGGCGGUCGACAACUACAAGUGCUUUUCUCUAUGGUUCGUUAGUUCCGUCGAGUUUCGUCUAAUACGUCAAUUUUUUUUUUCCUUUCAUUUCAUUUUUCGUUCCUUUUUCCCUAGCUUUUCUCUCUCUUCUACAUCUCCGGUACACGUUUCACAAAUCGGUCGGUGUGCCAACGGAGUAACAAGUUCACGUAAAUUCAACGAAAACAGAAGGAAAUUAAUCGGGGAUAAAUUACUCACCGGGAAAGGAACGAGAAGAACACAUUUUUAAUAAUAAUAAAUUUAUUUGUGUGUGAUUGUUUUUUAUACCGGAUAUACGUAACUACCAUAUAGAACUGUGCGUACAUAUAUGCCUGUCGUCGCAUAUUCCUCGUCUUCUUCUUCUUCUUCUUCUUCACCCCCUGGAAUUUUAUAAAAAGAGGUAAAUUAUAAUAAAACUGUGCCAGUGUCGGGAUAUAGCCUGAGGCGAAGACUCGCAGUUUCAUAAAACAAACGAGAAAGAGAAAAAAGAAACUUCGGUUGAUCUUUUUUUUCAUUUUUUUAAUUUAUUUUUUUAUGUUGUUAUAUUUUUGGAAAGUGUGAAAAGCAGUUCGAUACACUCGGUGGGCCCUUUAAAAAUCCUCGUCGUCGACGGAGAAAGGAAGAAAAAAAAUCACGAGAGAGAAAAGGAAGAAGAUAUACGACGACGACGACGACGGAUCACACGAUUAACCAGGGAGGAGAAGAGGAGGUGGGGUAGUCGAGCUGGCUCGCGGGGCUGGCAUCUCGGAGGUCUGGUUGUGGUAGGAUAGGACUUCCUAGUUAUAGUUCUGUUUCUCCUUGUUCGUUCUCGUGACCGUGAGAAUAAGAAACAACGAAAGACGAAAAGGAAGGAAAUCAGGUGAUUAGAAAGAACUAAUAAUUAAAAAUAAGACUCGGGGAUCUGGGCGAGAAUAAGGAAAGAAGGAGGGACGGAUCUGGCCUGGACAUCACCCCCUGUCUGUCUGAUUUACCCUCCGUUGACUACUCAGCAUCAUGAACGAACUCGAUAGUCUUCGCCAGGAGGCGGAGACGCUAAAGAACGCCAUCCGGGAUGCUAGGAAAGCAGCAUGCGACACAAGUUUGUCGCAAGCGACAUCGGGAAUGGAACCGAUCGGACGGAUACAGAUGCGUACAAGGCGCACGCUACGUGGACAUUUGGCCAAGAUCUAUGCUAUGCACUGGGGCAGCGAUUCCAGGAACCUAGUCUCGGCGUCCCAGGAUGGCAAGCUCAUCGUUUGGGACAGUUACACGACUAACAAGGUCCAUGCAAUCCCGUUACGAUCAUCGUGGGUGAUGACCUGCGCUUACGCGCCCUCCGGUAGUUACGUGGCCUGCGGCGGUCUCGACAAUAUAUGCUCCAUCUACAGCCUCAAGACAAGGGAAGGUAACGUACGAGUUAGCCGAGAAUUGCCGGGUCACACCGGUUACUUGUCCUGCUGCCGAUUCCUAGACGACAACCAAAUCGUCACAAGCUCCGGCGACAUGUCAUGCGCAUUGUGGGACAUCGAGACCGGUCAGCAGUGCACGUCGUUCAUCGGACACACGGGGGACGUUAUGUCACUGUCCCUUGCGCCCGAUAUGCGCACCUUCGUGUCAGGUGCUUGCGACGCGAGCGCAAAACUAUGGGAUAUUCGCGAAGGUUCUUGCAAGCAGACCUUCCCCGGGCACGAGAGCGACAUCAACGCCGUAACGUUCUUCCCGAACGGAUACGCGUUCGCAACGGGAUCGGACGAUGCCACCUGCAGACUUUUCGAUAUCAGGGCGGACCAGGAACUCGCCAUGUACAGCCACGACAACAUUAUAUGCGGUAUCACCAGCGUCGCAUUCAGCAAAUCGGGUAGGCUUCUCCUGGCUGGAUACGACGAUUUCAACUGCAACGUCUGGGACUCUAUGAAGAGCGAACGUGCCGGUAUCCUGGCUGGGCACGACAACCGUGUGUCGUGUCUCGGGGUCACGGAGGACGGGAUGGCGGUGGCGACGGGCUCAUGGGACUCGUUCCUACGCAUCUGGAACUAACUUGGGGCUAAGCCCAAGACGUUCCUCCAAAGAACCAACUGCAGCAAAUCCGCAUACAGCAUCAGUAUCAAGUACCACCACUUGACAACCGAUAACGAUAAUGAUAAAGAUAACUAUAACGAUUAUAACAAAGAUCAUGACCACGAUCACGACCACGUCGUCGCAGUAUCAACAAAUAUGACGAACAAGACGAUUAAUAAUAAUAAAUCGUUAAAAAGCUAUCACUCGCUAGGUACAACGGAGUUGAAGUUAAUCAGGAACUUUGGACAUCAAAGUAUUAAAUGUAAGAACGUUUUGGGUUGUGGUGGUAAUGAUUAUGUGCGGAAACACCGCGUCGUUCUCGAUUUAAAAUGGCGUAAAAAUAAUAACGCCAAGGUCGCCGACACGGUAACAAACCACGAGUACCAACGUUUCUAGUUUAUAGUUUAUAACAAAACGAGCCACUGAAAUAUAGGACAUAUAUACCUUCCCCUACCUUCACCUUUCCUACAUCGAACCCUUUUUUUUCCACCGAUAAAUAAAUCCCCACAUAUUUCGCGCGCGCAUAGGCACAUUUCCACACAUUCACCUCCUGACGGUUAUCAUAUUUAAUUAACACAUAAUUAUACAUAUAUAUUAUAUAUAAAAAAGAAAACAAAGCAAAACAAAACAAACUUAUUAACUAUAUAUGAUUAUACGAUACAAUAACGACCAUUCUCCUUCGUCGCUACAAUCAUAUUGCUUGAAGAGAUGCUAGAAAUUUCACCACCACGUAACGUUGGCGAGUGAUAAAAAAAAAAUAACAGAACGAAGAAUAAUCCGAUUGAGAAGAAGUAGGAGGAUUCAAAUCAGUUAACAAAGGGGUGAGUGACGCAGAUCUUGCGAUUGAUGAUGAACAAAAGGAGUAUGAAAAAAGGAUACUAGGAAAAAAACUACAGCUACCAACGUACGCUCCUUCAUUGUAUAUAUUUUCAUUUGAUUUUUUUUUAUUGGUUUUUGUUCGGAAAUUUAUUCCCCAUUGACCAAAAAUAACUCUUUUUUCUGUAAAAAAAUAAUAAUAUUGAUUAGUCAAAAUUAUUUUAUUUAUUAUUAUUUUCAUUUUAUUUGAUUAAAAAAAAAAAAAAAAAAUAUUUGAUAAAAUUGAUCAAUAAUUUUUUUGAUUUUUCAUCGGCGUUUUCUGUUCUUCCAUUUCAUAAUCAAUCACACCUACCAUUUUCAGAGUGCACUCAUUCAUUAUCGCGGGGCUUUGAUUUGAAAUUCGAGAUACAUAAAUCUCACUGCAUACACUGAUAUAUAUUAUAUACGUACGUGCGUAUGUAGUACGUGUUUAAAUCUGAGGUCGAGAUUUUAAUAAUGGAAAGAAAAAAGGAAAACAAUUAAAUUAAAAUAAGUAAUAAAGAUGGAAACAAAAAUUUAUCAUUUAGGAUCGCGCGGAGAUGAAUAAAUUGGAGAGAAAAAAAACAACAAAAAAAAAAAAAUUAUAAUAAUUACAUACUUACAUGUACAUGUUACACCUAUACCUACCCACCUAUUAUGUUAUACAUAUUUAGGUAAGAAAGGAAAGAAUAGAAACAAAAAAAGAAACACGUCAAGGAUAAGAAAACCCUUCCGCCCGGAUCACGGCGAUACGUAAAAUCUGUUCGAGAUUUUUUAGGGACGGGUUUAGAUUUUUCUACUCGCACAAUAUUGGCGUCGCAUUUAUUGUAUAAUAAGAUUGAAGAUUUGAAGGUAAAAUAAAAAUAUGGGGGAAAAGGAAACGAAGUAGGGAAAAAAAACAUCGAUGGUGGAAUCGAUUACUAGAUCUGAAAUGCAUCCAUAUUGGUAUGUCGCGUUGCAUAUGUGGGAGAAAAUUUUCUCCAAUUGCGGAAGUGAAUUUGUUUUUUUUUUUCCGUGUCUAAAGAAUGUUAGGUAUAUAAAAUAUACACGCACAGACGUACGUUUGCGGUCACGCAUUAAAAGGGAGAAAGAAUGAUGAAAAAAUGAAGGAAAUGAGCAAGGGGAAAAAGAGGAUUUAGGAAACAGAAAUUAAAUAAAACACACACACACGUAACCAGCACAAAAUGAUAGCUCAAGUCUCAAGGCAUUGGUACAAGAAUAUUUAAACGCGCGUUGUUUUAAACGUAAUUUAAUUAUUUAUUUACAUGUGAAGAUACAAAAAAAAAAAACAUGCAAACAAAUAUUAAAAUAAAAUAUAAUAGUAUUACUAUUAUUAAACGAGGGGGGAAGAAAAGAAAAAGAAAUGAUAAAACAAGUUACAAUGAUAGGUAAAGGAGUUCUUAUACUAGAACUAUACGUACGCGUGUUGCAAGUAUUUCGAAGAAUAGUAAAGAUGAAAACGUGUUCAGUAAUAAGGGGGUAAAGAAAUUGUGGAUAAAAAAUGAUAGGUCAGGAUAUGGGAGUAAAGGGUUAUCAGUCCCUUACUUUUUCCCCUUACAUCCCGAAUCUCCCCAUCCCAAAUUUCCCAUACAUACAUAUGCGGACAUACAUAUAUACAUGCAUACGUACAGACGAACAUUACAAUACAUACCUACCUAUACACAUGUAUAUGUAGUUAUUACUAUUAUUAUUAUUAUUAUGAUUAUUAUUACUAUUAUUAAUCUCUAUUUCUAUUAUUAUUUAUUUGUAUAGCUAUCGCCAUAGACGGUCCAAGGAGUUUUCCUUCGCCAAACUGGGCUGUCCCCCUCACCAAUCAAAUCCCUAAUUGAAUCAAAGGUGUUAUUAUUUCUAGUUAUUAUUAUUAUUAUUACGAUUAUGAUAAUGAUUACGAUUAUACAAAACAAACUUUUAACGAUUAAUAAUUUUCUCACUACCCCCCCACACUCUUCCGUGAUGAGAAUAUGAUAGAAUGUAAUGUUAUAUUAUUAUUACUAUUAUUAUCAUUAUCGUUAAUAUUAUGAAUAUUAUUAUCAUCACAAAGUCGACUUCAGUCUUUAAAUUUAUUAUAAUAUGUAUACAAAUUAUUGAAGCGAACGUGUGUGCGUGUGUGUGUUUGAGAGAGAGAGAGAGAGAGAAAAAGAGAGAUGAAGAACGAGAAGGUGUAAAAGAACGAGAACGCAUGAGGGUAGGGAAAAAAGAAAAAAAAGGAUAAGAAUCUGGUAAUAAAAGUGGUUUUUCUAUUCAAGGUAAAGGGGUAGAGAAAAGACAAGUAAUGAAUAUAAACGGUAGGAAAACGAAUGAAGACGGAUACAAAUGCAUACGGAUGAGGAGAGUUAAACACAAAUCUUUCGAAUGUUGCGCGUUUGUUGAGUUAACAAGUAAGUAAGAGAGCUAGAGAGCGAAAAAAACAGGCCCUUUUUCCCAACUCUCAGCGCUCCCUCCCACCUUCCAAUGCCUCCCCUCAGUAUGAAAAUGAAAAAACAAACAGAUGUAGGGGGUUGUGGUUUGGAUCCCCCGGGCUUGAAGGAAAAAAAUACCUAAAUAUGUAUCUACCUAAAGAUAACGAGUAAACGUUUAGUUUGUAGCUGUUAUAUCAAUUAUUAUUAUUAUAAUUAUUAUCCUGAAUUUGUAACAAAUAGAAAAAGCAGAAGAAAGGAAAGAGCAAGAAGAAAAAACGAGUGAAUAAACAACCAAUAAAUCAUUGAGGAAGCGAGAAAACGAAAGAAGUAUUACAAAUAAAAAUGCUUUUUUUCAUUUGA